UUAUUUCCGUUUCCUGCUUGUUUCACUUUCAGCUGACUUGUUGUUUACAAAAUUAUAAAAAUAAUUUAAGUGACAUUAGCUCAGUAAACGAUGAAGUUUUUAUCAAAGUUUUAACUUAAAUUAGAAUGCAAUCAUCGGGUCUAAGUCACAUGCCGUAUCCUUAUUUGCUAUGACAAAAGUUUUUUGAACUGCAGUUCUAGACAAGCACUUGUAAAAUAUGGAAUCUCAAGUACCACCACCUGAUCGCAAUGCUGGACCAAAAGACCGGUUGAAUAUUGUUUACAUUAUAUUUUAUGUUUUGGGAAUCGGUUCAUUGUUGCCAUGGAAUUUCUUUAUAACAGCCAAAGAUUACUUUGAAUUUAAGUUACGUAACACCUCUGUACCAGAAAAAGAUUACAAAGAUACUCGGUUCCAAACAGAGUAUCAGCUGAUCUUUGAGAGCUCCAUUGCUGUAUCCUCCAUGGUUCCUAAUCUUAUAUUUAAUUUUGUCACUGCAUUAUGUACUCAGCGCUUACCUUUAAAGUUUAGAAUGACUGUCUCUACGAUGAUUGUUCUUGUAAUGUUUAUAUUAACAGUCGUAUUUGCCAAGGACAAGGACACACAAUAUUGGCAAUCUGGAUUUUAUGCCUUUACUAUAGUCUCUGUUGUUAUAUUAAAUGCCUGUAGUUCAGUAUUUACAACGUCAUUGUUUGGAUUAGCUGGUGUAUUACCACACAGAUACAUGCAAGCCAGCAUGAGUGGUCAGGCGGUAGGAGGUAUAUUUGCCGCUGUAGCCAAUAUAGUAACAAUAGCUGUAGGGACUGAUGUAUCAGAAAGUGCAUUCAUCUUCUUUUUAAUAGCAACAGGAUGGACUCUUAUAACAUUGCUAGGAUAUUUAUCCCUUUAUAGUAAUGAAUUUUCAAGAUAUUAUUUAAAUAAACAAGCAAAUACACCUGCUGAAACUGUGACAGUAGGGGGAGAUAAAUCUGUAAAUAAUUCAUAUAGUUAUGAAGACGAAAAUGAGAAAGAACCUCUUAUAAAAGAUGAUGUUAUUAGUGAAAGUGUAGAAUUAAAGCCUUUCUCUUAUCACCAUGAUGUGUUUAAAAAGAUUUGGUCUGAGGGAGUUAGUGUAUGUUUGGUAUUCCUAGUGACGCUAGCCUGUUUUCCUGCUCUGGCAUCAAGUAUACAGUCAUGUGAUAGUGGGGACUGGAGAUUAAAGUAUUUCACUCCUGUUAUAUGUUUCCUGUUAUACAAUGUUGGAGAUUGGACAGGAAGAUCUUUUACUGGAAUUGUUCAUUUUCCUCGUCCAAACCAGACGAAGUUAAUGCUAACAUUGUCUGUUCUACGUUUUGUGUUUAUACCCCUGUUGAUGUUCUGCAAUGUAAUGCCGAGACAUAAUACCACACUUGUGUUCAAUAGUGACAUGUAUCCACUGGUGUUUAUCAUACUGCUGGGUAUUUCUAAUGGUUAUCUAAGUACACUGUGUGUAAUGUAUGGUCCAAAGAAGGUAUUCCCUCAGUAUGCUGAGUUUACAGGAGCUACGAUGUCUGUGUGUAUGACUGUCGGUUUAGCAUUGGGAUCAUUGUGCGGACUAUUACUUGUUAAAAUAGUCUAGUCAUAUGUGUAAAGUCAUGUGUCAAAUGUUUGUUGUGGAUUUUUGAAAGUGUUUGUAUUCAUUUGUCAAGCAUUUGUCACAUUUGAAAAACAUUUGUUAUUGUGUGCCAAACAAUUGUAAUCAAGCAUUUGUCAUCUA